UCCAUCAAGGGGAACUUCCUGGUGGAGGGUGUUUUCUGAUCUCAGACAAGUGGAGAUGCUGACGGGCAGAGUGAAGGGGGGAUUCCUGUGGAAAUUCUCCUUCUAGCCUGCCUUUGGGCAGCCCUGGCUGGACGGCGCCACAGCCCACCCAGGCCUUUUCCUUCCUUCCUUCACAAUGUCCCAGGAAACUAAAAUCCUCCAGGAGAUUGUUCUGCUCCAGGAGGCCGCAGAGAACUACCGCCUGCAGCCCCACGACCAGUUUCUCACCUGGUUCCAGGACCUGGAGCUGAUCUCCAUGGAGGAAAGCUUCGUCCUGUCCUUCCAGCGGGAGCCCCCGUUUGAGGCAUUCUUCUACCACCUCCGCCAGGAAGGAGCUUCACUGGAAGCCACUGUCCACCCUUACUUUAACAUAUCCUUCAGUUGUGCUUGUGUUUAAACAAUCUCAACUAUAUUGUAUUUGUUAAUAACAUUGAGUUAGUUUAGUAUUAAAACAAUUGACCGAAAGAAUGUGUCAUAGUGCAAUUUCCUAGUGAUA